GCGUGGUUAAGUAUGACCCCCCCUCCAGUGUUUGGCAUAAUGCACACUCCACAGCAUUUGCCCUUUGAGUUGUUGAAUAUCCAUCUUUUAGGUUGGAUUCAGGACGCUUCACUGACCAACGACAACAUACCGAGCCUUAGCUGAACAACACAGCAUAUAUAUCUGCAAACGCCAUGAUGGCUUUUGGCUACCCUGGUUUCACAGACACAUUCGUUCACAGUCCUUUCAGCCUUGACGAAUUCCACGCGACGGGAGCUGCCACCAGCAUCGACACGGCAGGAGAGAGUCCACACCACGGCGCAUCUUUUCAAAGUCUUGAUGUCACAAGAUGGCGAGGCCAGGAGUGCCUCGAGUGGGUCACAAGCAUCUGCCGCAAGCGAGGCAUUGACCGACACUCCGUCAAUUUGACAGCUUUCAGAGACGUAACCGGCGCCGUACUCAUGAAUCUCACCAUGUACGAUUUCUGUAACUUCGACAGUAUCUAUGGAUCUCUGUUCUACGAGGAGUUUCAGCAAGUGUGCCACGCGAAAAAUACAAGUAUCGUCGACAGUGACUCCGGAUGGUCGCCAGACGACAAACAAGCCUGUGUUGAUAGUGAAGCUCUUCUCUUUCCUGAGGAUGACGAAUGGUGCCAAAAAUUUCCUAACACAAACGAAGAUCUGGAGGAAUUACUGAAGUUAAUAGACAGUUCAAACCUCUUCUGUGAAUCCAACUUUCCAGAAGGGGGUCAACUCAAGGAGGAAUCAUUCAGCUCUGAGUUCUACGACGACAGAAGUCUCGACAUAGCUCCCAGCCCAUCCCCGGAACCUCCCUGUGACGCCCUCGAGAAGAUCAGCACCAAAUCCAGGAAGAAGGUACGCGGCCCUAAGAACUGGGAGUUCAUGCUUCGUCUGCUGAUGGACAAGAGAUACAACCCAGAACUAAUCCGAUGGGAAAACGAGGCCGAAAAGACCUUCAGACUCGUCAGGCCCGACAUCAUUGCCCAGAUGUGGGGAAAGCGAGCGAACAAACACUGUUUAUCCUACAACAACUUCGCAAGAGGACUGAGGUACCAGUACACGACCGGAGCUCUUAAACCCGUUCCCGAGAGGCAGUUGGUGUAUCAGUGUGGACCGAAAGCUCUUCAGUUCUGGAGGGAAAUACAUGGAGAAAAUUCCUGAAGGCUCCUGGAGAAAAAAGAAAAGAAAAAAUAAUACUUGUAUAUGGAAACAUAAUCGCUCUUCGAAUAAAAUAUACAAAGAUUAUCCCAUCCUCACCCCAUCUCUGUACAUCACUUAGCAUACAUUCGUCAUUAAUAUUUCAUAAUAUCCAUCAACAGUGCUAUCAUGCUGAAAUAAAGGCAGUACGAACCAUCUCUAAACACGUUUUCCAGUCCUUAUAAAAAAAAAGAAAGAAAGAAAGAAAGAAAGAAAUAAUAA